AUGUUUCUGCUGCGGGCGGUGGACCAUGCUGGGUCGAGAGCUUCAGCCCAGCGUCUGCUACGGUCCUUCAGUACUGUGCGAGCUUGUCUCGAAAAGCCGCUCCCACCUCGCAUCGUGAUUCCCGAGUCUGACAUCACCGAGUCUUUUCUCAAAGGAACAGGUCCAGGAGGACAGAAGAUCAAUAAGACUUCCUCUGCCGUUCAGUUGAAACACUUGCCCACAGGGAUCGUUGUAAAGAGCCAGGAGACUCGUAGCCGCGAGCAGAAUCGAAGGACCGCCAGACGGAUACUCGCAGAAAAAUUAGAGGAAAUUGAGAAGGGACCACAGAGCAGGACAGCCCUGAAAGCAGCGAAGGCGUCCAAGAAGAAGGCCAGUGCGAGUAAGAAAGCGCGGAGGAAAUACCGUGGGCUGGAAGAGAAGAAGUCUGCUGCAGGCCACGAGAUGGAGGAGGGCCAAGGGGGAGUGUCUGGCGAGGUCACGGAUGGCUCGCAGGCGGAUAGUAACAUUGGUGAUGAGUCCAGUAUCAGUGGCAGCAGUAGGACGAGCUAA